CUUGAAACGCGAAGAGGGUAAUGGUGGCUUGUUUUUUUUUCCAAUUCAUAAAAAAAUGACGCAGCAUAAGCUAUAGAAAAGUAGCUUCUUUUUUUUUCUCUCUCUUCUUUUUGUGAUUGUGUUAUGCUAACCUCAAAAGAAAAGCAAGGAGAUAUAUGCUCUCUUUGUGGCUCAUCUCUAGAAACAUUUACAGUUAAUGUAGACUGUGAUGUAAAGAUGUGUUCGCAAUUAAAGUGUCCUUUUCCGUUUAAUCAACAAAGCAUAAGCUCUUUUAUCAUAGAAACACAGAAUGCAGACUUCUUCAAGCUGUUUCAAGGCAAAAAUCAGUCAGAUCUAACUUCGUCCAUCUCAUUUGGCAUGUUAGAUCCAAGCACCCAACCAUCAAAAAAGCAAAGUUCGACCAAAAAGCCUUCUAUGGAAAAGAAACAAAGUCCGGUUUUACAAACGACUCCUUUAAAACGCGCCGCGUCGUCGCAGUUUGACAUUGUAUUGCCACCUACACCAUCGAAAUGUGUCAAUCCUCAUAUACCAACUAAAACUCAUACAUAUCCUGACUUGGCUUUACCGCCAUCUACUUCUGCUACUAGUAUGGCUACCAACCAACCAAUCAACAGCAUACCAUCCAAUAAUAACAUACCAAAUGUUGUCAGCACACCUAGUAGUAGUAGUACACCAACAACACCAACAACACCAUUCUCCGAGAACACAAGUCUUUCUAUCGAUGAUAUUCUUGCUAUGUCUGGCGCACCAUUCAAUAACGAUGUCAUGCUAGAUUUAGACAAAAUGCCAAAUAUCUUUGACAUUUUGGACACUCCUUCAAUGCCUAUGGAUUCUUCAAUCGACGAAUUACUCAAGGAUACUGAGUUCUUAUUGUAAAAAAGAGAAGCGCUUCGGAAUAAACUGUACAUAUUUUAAACACUUGAAUGAAAGAAAGUAUUGUUCUUUUAAAAAUACUUAUUUGACAAGCU